CUUAGUGUUCAGUGCUGUCUCUAUGUAAAUGCGUGUGUGUGGUUUAGAGGCAGUUGUGUUUUAGCAGGCGAGGCUAACCAAUCCAGCAGAUUAGCUCCUUCUAAAAACUCAGGCUGAUCCUUUAUGACUUGACAGCUUAGCAGCUAACAGCUAGCCUGGUAAGGUUUAGUUCGUGCAGCCAGUAGAGAUGGAUGAGCUCUGCAGCCUGCUCCAGUUACGCCUCUGCUCGGAUGGGCGUGAUGCCUCUAUGCUAGUAAACUAGCUACUGGCCUAGUGGGAAAGCUGCAAAUAACCUGAGGGGCGAACUAGUAACCUAGUAGGCUGUCGGCUUGUAAAUGCACCAGUUGUCCAUCCAGCACCAUGGGAAAGAAGAGUCGAGUGAAGACUCAGAAGUCGGGCUCAGGAGCCAGCGCUGUGGUUUCCCCAAAGGAGAUGAUGAACCUCAUCUCUGAACUGCUGCAGAAGUGCAGCAGUGCAGCACCCUCUGCUGGUAAAGAGUGGGAAGAGUACAUCCAGAUCAGAGGCUUGGUAGAAAAGAUCCGCAAGAAACAGAAGGGAAUAUCGAUAGUGUUUGAGGGCAGCAGAGAGGACUUCUUCCUAGAUCUGAUGUCCUGGGCUCAGGAAAGCGGGGCUUCCUGUGACGGCUUCAGAGUUGCCAACUUUGGAACAGAGGGCUAUGGUCUGCAGGCCACCAGGGACAUAAAGGCAGACGAGCUGUUCCUGUGGAUCCCCAGGAAGAUGUUGAUGACAGUGGAGUCGGCCCAAAACUCUGUUCUAGGUCCUCUGUACAGCCAAGACCGGAUCUUACAGGCCAUGGGCAACGUAACUCUGGCCCUCCACCUGCUCUGCGAGAGGGCCAACCCUGCAUCAUCCUGGCUUCCGUACAUCCGCAGUCUUCCACAGGAGUACGACACACCUCUGUACUACCAGCAAGACGAGGUGCAGCUACUGCUGGGCACACAGGCAGUGCAGGAUGUCCUGAGCCAGUAUAAAAACACUGCACGCCAGUACGCCUACUUCUACAAACUGGUACAGACUCAUCCCGCCGCCAGCAAACUGCCCCUGAAGGACAGCUUUACAUUUGAUGACUACAGGUGGGCGGUGUCCUCGGUGAUGACCCGUCAGAACCAGAUCCCUACUGAGGACGGCAGUCGGGUCACACUGGCCCUCAUCCCGCUUUGGGACAUGUGUAACCACACAAACGGACUGAUCACAACCGGUUACAACCUGGAAGAUGAUCGCUGUGAAUGUGUGGCCCUGCAGGACUACAAGGAGAACGAACAGAUCUACAUCUUUUAUGGCACGAGGUCCAAUGCCGAGUUUGUCAUCCACAACGGCUUCUUCUUCCAAGACAACGCCCACGACCGGGUGAAGAUCAAGCUGGGCGUCAGUAAGAGCGAACGCCUCUACGCCAUGAAGGCCGAGGUGCUGGCUCGAGCCGGCAUCCCAGCGUCCUGCAUCUUUGCUCUCCACUGUAACGAACCCCCCAUUUCAGCGCAGUUACUUGCCUUUCUAAGAGUCUUCUGCAUGACAGAGGAGGAACUGAAGGACUACCUACUUGGAGAUCGUGCCAUCAAUAAGAUCUUCACCCUGGGCAACAGUGAGUACCCCGUCAGCUGGGAGAAUGAGAUCAAGUUGUGGACUUUCCUGGAGACCAGAGCUGCUCUGCUACUCAAGACCUACAGGACCACCUCUGAGGAGGAUCGCUCCAUGCUCGAGAAACCUGAUCUAUCUCUUCAUUCUCGCGUGGCCAUCCAGCUCCGCCUGGCUGAGAAACAGAUCCUGGAGAAAGCAUCGGCCAGCGGACGGGCCAAACGUCUGCACUUCGAGAAGAAGCUGGAGGAGGAUGCUCCAUUGCCUCACUAUGAGGAAAGCGACAUCGCUUUGCUGGAGAAUACUGACGCGGAUGCAAAGCUUCCGAUUAUCCUGCGCAAGCUGGAGGAGGUGGAAGAGGGUCAGGAGAUCCCGGAGGAGGAGCACAGUCACUUCCUGAAUGGGGAGAAGGCUGUGUACGGGAUGAAUAUGCAGGCUAAUGGAGACCCAGUGCAAGAGGAAACUCAGGAGAAGGUCAGCAAAGAUGUUAAUACAGCUUUGGACUCGAUUGGAAGUUCUAAUGCAACCAAGAAGGGCCAAAGGGAAGAGGCCAACCUAAGUGCCAGUCGAACUGAAGAGAAUCCCAAAGAGAACAGUGAAUAAAUAUAUUCCACCUACUGCCACAGCCCAUGCUAUUUAUUUAUUUUUGUGUCUCUUAAAUGACUCAGAAAUAUAGAAGCUGAAAUCAAUUUUAAUUAAAGUCGCAGAAGUUGUGCGACUGUACGUUCAUCCAGCGUGGCUUGUAUUAGUUGUCCGCUGCUGAACUUGUUUAAAAAUGCUGCCAGUGUGUACCUCAGCCUUCUGUGCAGAACAGUUUUUCAUUAGAAUUUUCUUUUGUUUGAGUUUGAAACGUUGGUUUACAUUGAAACUGUUCAAGGCCUACAGCAUAGAAAGAAAGCAAAGAGGGGGACACCACGGAACUGGUUCCAGCAAAUUGUUAGGUGAACAAAGAAAAACAAAAACAAAAUGGAGUUAGGUGAAUGUUAUUUCCAGAAAGCCAAAAUCUCUCUAAUCUCGUGAAUUGGUUGGUUUAUUACUGCAGUUUGUCUCCAUAUAUGUCCAGUAUGUUUUGAGUUGACAAUCGUAUUCUCUAGUGCAUUUUGGGGUGUGCUUCUGAGUAAAGACCAUCACUGCCCUCUCUUUUUUUUCUGUUUAAAAUCAUUUCAAGCAAAAUAAGGAAGGAAACAUAAACUGCUCUUAUUAAGGAAUGAGAAAACUUGAUUGUAACUGUAUGACAUGGCAAAAUGGAAGAUGGUUUUUGCUUUUGUCAAUGAAAAAUGUCAUUUCUACCAUAAAAUUGUCAACUUUC